CGCACAUCGACAAGGAGCAUCAACCACUAGCACCAUGUCGGCAACAGCAGGACCUGUGCCUGCGGCUAUUGCCCCCCAAGGCGGCGCAGGCAGUGCGCCUAGGCAGCAGAGGGCGUUCAAGACGCAGGAUAAGCCCGAUGAAGUUCGGCGAUCCAACAUGAACGCUGCAAAGGCAGUCAGCGACGCCAUUCGAACCAGUCUGGGUCCAAAGGGCAUGGACAAGAUGAUCCAAACCGCUUCUGGCGAGGUGGUCAUCACAAAUGACGGCGCGACGAUCCUGAAGCACAUGGCUGUCAUGCACCCCGCCGCACGAAUGCUCGUCGAGCUCUCGCAGGCGCAAGACGUCGAGGCCGGUGACGGUACCACGUCGGUCGUCGUCAUUGCUGGCUCGCUUCUCGGCGCUGCAGAGAAGAUGCUGAACAAGGGUAUCCACCCCACCAUCAUCGCCGAAGCUUUUCAACGCGCAGCUGCAAAGGCCGUCGAGUUUCUUUCGGACAUCUCUACGCCCAUCGAGCUGAGUGACAAGGAAAGCUUGCUCCGCGCCGCCAGCACUAGCUUGAACUCCAAGAUCGUCUCGCAAUACUCUUCUGUCCUGGCACCCAUUGCUGUCAAUGCCGUGACCCGUCUUCUCGACCCCAAGUCCUCUGCUACGGCACCUUCGAAGUCGUCUGCAGACCCCGCUUCGGCCUCUGCGCCAGGCUCGUCGACUGUGCUUCCCGAGGAACAGGUCAACGUGGACCUGCGCGACAUUCGCCUGGUCAAGAAGGUCGGAGGCACAAUUGACGAUACUGAGCUCGUUGAGGGACUGGUGCUGGAGCAGAAUGUCGUUGGUGGAUCGGGAGGCCCGACUCGUAUGGAAAAGGCAAAGAUUGCCGUCUGCCAGUUCCAGCUGAGCAGCCCCAAGCCGGAUAUGGACAACCAAAUCGUUGUGAACGAUUACCGACAGAUGGACAAGAUUCUGAAAGAGGAGCGCCAGUACCUGCUCAACAUGUGCAAGAAGAUCAAAAAGACUGGCUGCAACGUCUUGCUCAUCCAAAAGUCGAUUCUUCGCGACGCCGUCAACGACCUCGCACUGCACUUCCUGGCCAAGCUCAAGAUUCUUGUCGUAACAAACGUCGAGCGCGACGAGAUUGACUUUGUCAGCAAGACGCUUGGCGCCAAGCCCGUCGCCGACAUUGAGGCGUUCACAGAGGACAAGCUGGCGAGUGCAGACCUGGUCGAUGAGGUAAACCAGAACGGAGCAAAGGUGUGCAAGAUCACCGGCAUUAAGAACAUGGGCCGGACCGUCUCGGUGCUCUGCACGGGCGCCAAUGCCCUGGUGCUCAGCGAGAGCGAGCGAUCGCUGCACGACGCCCUCUGUGUCGUCCGAUGCCUCGUCAAGAAGCGCGCUCUCAUCGCAGGCGGUGGUGCGCCCGAGGUGCACGUCUCCCGUCUUCUCUCGGAGUAUGCCUCGACGCUGAGCGGCAUGGAGGCCUACUGCUUCCAAGCGUAUGCCGAGGCACUCGAGGUGAUCCCCACGACGCUGGCAGAGAACGCGGGCCUGAACCCAAUCAGCAUCGUGACCGAGCUCCGGAAUCGGCAUGCGCUUGGCGAACGAACGGCGGGCAUCAAUGUGAGGAAGGGUCAAAUCACAAACAUUCUUGAGGAGAAUGUGCUGCAGCCACUUCUCGUCAACACGAGCGCCAUUGAAUUGGCCACCGAGACAGUGUCGCUGCUUCUCCGGAUCGACGACUAUCACCUUUCUCGUUGAUUGUAUAGCCGUAGCUAAAAAGAUGAACAGGAUUAGAGAGC